AUGGAAGGUGGAAAGAGAAUUCGAUCUCAUUUUGAUGAAUUUGAUAACGAAAAGAGUCACAGUGCAACAAAAUAUGUUCGUUUUAGCGAUGAGGUGAUAAGCGAUGAUAGUGGAGUUGUAAGACAAUUAGACGAUGAUUAUAAAUCGAAACAUACACUUGAUAGCGAUGAAGAAGAUGAGGCGAAGUACGAGGAAUUGGAUGUUAAUCAGGUAGAAGGACAAGAAGAUUCUGGCGAAGAGGAAUUCGAAGGCAACACAAAAAUUAUGGCUUUCAAUAUGAAAGAUGACCUUGAAGAUGGUCAUUUUGAUACAGAUGGUACUUUCAUUUUCAAAAAGAAGGAGCGUGAAAUAAAAGAUGCUUGGUUAGAUAAUAUAGAUUGGAAUUACGUGAAAAAAAAUGCCGGUGAUCGUUGGCAUCGAGCCAAUGAAGGUGAUAAUGCGUCACUGAAAGUGAUGGGUGAUAAUGAACUGAAGUCUGUAUACACUAAAAUCGUGUCCUUUCUCCAACCAAAUGAAAAUAUUGAGCGAGCCAUAAAACGAUUAGGAAAAGUGAAAGGCCUAAGUGCUGCUGAAGAUCGGAAAAAACGAUGGGCAGCAAAGAAAGCUGGCAAAGAAUAUAUCGAUGAAAGUAGUAAUUCAGUUAAAGAACUGACUGGUUUAGCUGACUCUUUAGUUUCAAAAGGCGAAUUUGAGGCAUACCAAUACUCCUUCGAAAAAUUGAAUUAUUUGAUACGUCAAAUGGAACAUAGGGCAGUUGAUGACCUUGACAUGUUUUCAGAUGCUCCAUCGUCAUCAGUUGAAGGUUUGCGUAAUGUUGGAGAUAAAAGUAAUAGCGGGCGGGAAGAUUCUGUAAAUUCUGUUAAAUGGGAGUAUAAAAUGUCGAAUGAUGGUGAUGCUGAAAUUAUUGGACCAAAAACGAGUGCCGAAAUGCUGGAUUUGCAGAACGAGGGUAAAUUUGUCGACGGUGGCUGGGCUCGAAAACUUGGAACUCAAUCGUUUUACAAUCUUAGACAGAUGAAAUUCUCGCAAACUCAGAGGCAAUUUAUCGCGAAAACCAUCGAAAUGUUCAAGUUUUCGGUGCGAUGGGGAUAUGUUCCAUUUAUAAUAUUUCUAGGUAUACAACAUGGAGCUGACAUUGUACAGCCAGGUGUAAUUCCUCCUCCAUUAACAUAUAUGCAAGUUUUCUAUGGUUGA